AUGAUGGCCUCCCGGCUUCUUGCCUUGCCGCUUCGUCCGCUACAGGACAGCGAGGUGGAGCCGACGACCGACCUGCUGAAGGACUUCCGCGAUCUGCGGGCGUCGUUCGAGGAGAAGGGGUACUUCAAGAGCAGCCCGGCGUACUACGUGUUUAAGGUGCUCUCCACGUUCGCCAUCGUCGCCGCCAGCCUCGCCAUCAUCAUGUGGACCUCCGACCCGCGCUGGGUGCUUGCCUCCGCCGUGCUUCUCGGCCUCUAUUUUCAGCAAGUCGGCUGGCUCUCGCACGACUUCCUCCACCACCAGGUGUUCCAGUCGCGGUCCCUCAACACGGCCAUCGGCGGGUACAUUCACGGCAACCUGGCGCAGGGCUUCAGCAUGAAUUGGUGGAAGAACAAGCACGCCACGCACCACGCCAUACCCAACGAGUGCGACGAGGAGUACCGCCCAAUCGACCCGGAUAUCGUCACGCUGCCUUACCUGGCGUGGAGCGAUGACAUUCUCGCGACCGUCAAGAGCAAGACUGUGCGCUCGCUGCUGCGCUACCAGAGCUUUCUUUUCUUGCCCACGCUCUUCAUCGCCCGCUUCGCAUGGUCGUACGCGAGCCUGAUUUACUGCUUCUCGGACGAUGUGCCCGAGAAGGAGCGCUUCGGGGAGCGGCUGUUCAUGGUGCUGCACUACGCGUGGGUGCUGGGCUUUGGGUUCGGCUGCGUGCCGUUCUGGACGGCCGUCAUGUGGUUGCUGGCGGCGCAGGUCUCCGGCGGGCUGUUCCUCUCGUUUGUGUUCGUGCAGAGCCACAACGCCAUGGAGAUCUACAACGAGGGCAAGGACUUCUACUCCGCCCAGAUUGUGACCACGCGUAAUGUGAGCGACGGGCUGUUCAACGACUGGUUCACAGGUGGGCUGAACAAGCAGCUAGAGCACCACCUGUUCCCCACCAUGCCCCGUCACAACCUGGGCAAGACGUGCAAGGCAGUGAAGGAGCUGUGCGAGAAGCAUGGGCUUGCCUAUGAGAAAGUGUCCUUCGUCGAGGGCACGUCACUAGUGCUCGAGCAUCUCAGCAAAAUUGCUGCCAAGGCCUGA